AGACGAGAAUGGAACCUUCACGCUCUGCGAAUUCCGGGUCCAAUUCGAAACGAACCUCUAAUUCAGUUACUUCAAACCCUCGGAGUAACAGCAACAAUCAAAGCAACAAGAAGAGGAAGACGAGUCAGAAGACCCUAGGCAUGGCUUGGGGCGCCAAUUCUCGCUCUGCUUCUCGUCCUGCCUUCAGUAGUUCACCUUUCUCCAAUUUUGGAAGUUACAUGGCCGUGAAGAAUCAAAAGCUUAGCGAGCAGUUUGAUGCGGAGGCGUCGAGCACUUCUCAUAGUGGUCCAAUUUCUUCAAAACCUAUAUUUCAUGGCGUUUCCAUUUUUGUUGACGGAUAUACAGUUCCCUCCAGUCAGGAACUUCGAGGAUAUAUGCUGAAGCAUGGAGGCCGUUUUGAAAAUUAUUUUUCUAGGCGUCGUGUUACGCAUAUAAUCUGUAGUAUUCUUCCCGACAGUAAGGUCAAGAAUUUGAGGUCAUUUAGCAGGGGACUUCCAGUAGUCAAACCCACAUGGGUGUUGGAUUCUGUCGCUGCAAAUAAGCUUCUGAAUUGGGUUCCUUAUCAGCUUGAUCAGCUUGCAAGUGAAGUUAAUAACCAGCCUAAGCUAUCUGCUUUCUUUACGAAAAACAUUUCCGUUUCUGAUGAUAUAGCAACAUGUUCAACUGUCCAAGCCACAUCUAGUGUUGAGAGUCCAAUGUCAUAUGCUGGACCAAUUGAAGAUCCUAUAUCCUAUGGAGAGUGGCAAUCUGCAGAAGAUUUGAAGCCUCGUGAUCUAGAAUCUAAAGAUCUAAUGCAAGAGAACUACAAUGUAGCUAGAGUUGAAGAGUCAACUUGUAGCGUGGCAAUGCAGGAACUGAGUGAUGCUGCAAGUGGAGAUGGAAGCCAUGCUCCAUUAUCAGCACCUUCCAGUCCUCACAACUGUGCAUCAGCUUGUAGCGACUGGACGAGUGAUCCUGUUAACGAGGGGCCAUCAAAUUUAAAGAUUCCUAGGUCUCCUAAUCAGAAACAUUCAACUCUAGUUGAUGCUAAUUUUGUGGAAAAUUACUUUAAGCAUUCUAGGUUGCAUUUCAUUGGCACCUGGAGAAACCGGUAUCGUAAACGGUUUCCAAGCUCUCCUGGUGGAUUUAGAUGCUCAAGUUCAGGCCCUAGUUCUUCAGCCACAACAAAUAAGACGAUCAUUAUUCAUGUGGAUAUGGAUUGCUUUUUUGUGUCUGUGGUCAUUAGAAAUCGCCCUGAGUUGAAGGAUAAACCUGUUGCCAUUUGCCAUUCAGAUAAUCCACGUGGAACGGCAGAAAUAUCGUCAGCGAAUUAUCCUGCUAGGAGUCAUGGAGUAAAGGCUGGAAUAUUUGUCAGAGAUGCCAAGUCACGUUGCCCUCACCUAGUCAUACUUUCUUACGACUUUGAAGCUUAUGAGGAGGUUGCUGAUCGCUUUUAUAACAUCUUGCACAAGUACUGCAACAAAGUGCAGGCCGUAAGUUGUGAUGAAGCAUUUUUAGAUGCCACUGAUUCUGGAGUAGAGGACAUUCAAGCUUUUGUCUCAAUGAUCAGAAAGGAGAUUCUUGAUGCGACAGGCUGUAGUGCUAGUGCUGGUAUUGGUGGGAAUAUGCUUAUGGCACGUCUUGCCACUAGGACUGCAAAACCUGAUGGGCAAUGUUACAUCCCUGCUGAGAAGGUGGAGGAGCACUUGCGUGAACUUCCAGUAAAAGCACUUCCCGGAAUUGGUCAUGUGUUGGAAGAGAAGUUGAACAGGAGACAAAUUACAACUUGCGGGCAGCUGCGUAUGAUUUCCAAGGAAACUCUCCAGAAGGACUUUGGUUAUAAAACUGGCAGUACGUUAUGGAACUAUAGUAGAGGGAUAGAUGAUCGGUUGGUUGGCACGAUACAGGAAAGCAAAUCCAUUGGUGCAGACGUUAACUGGGGCGUAAGGUUCAAGGAUCUGAAAGACGUACAACAUUUUCUUUUAAACCUUUGCAAGGAGGUUUCAUUACGUUUGCUGGGGUGUGGAGUGAAAGGCCGCAAGUUUACCUUGAAGAUAAAGAAAAGGAGGAGUGAUGCAGGGGAGCCAGUAAAGUAUUUGGGCUGUGGCGUUUGUGAUAACUUGAGCCAUUCUGUCACGGUGCCAAUGGCUACGGAUAGUGUUGAUGUGCUUGAGAGAGUCGUUUCACAGCUCUUUAUGACUUCACAUAUAGAUGUGGACGGCAUAAGAGGCAUGGGAUUGCAGGUCUCAAAGCUUGAAACUGCGGAUAGUUCCAAGCAAGGGAAAGAGAGAUAUUCCAUCAGAUCUUGGCUCACUGCUGCCUCUACUAAGACCGGCCACAACAGAAGCAGUAGUCAUGAAAAAGGUGUUGAUGCAGAUAAUGGUAAAAACGGUGUUGAUGAACGUCAGGUUCAGUUGCAGGGCGAUUCAAGUACACCUUUUAUUGAAAUGACUGAAGCGUCACCCUCUGUUACUGCUGGUUCUGGACAGAGGGGAACUCUUCCUCCUAUGAAUGAGCUUGAUAUAGGAGUUAUAGAGUCUCUUCCUCCUGAGGUCUUUUCAGAAAUUAAUGACAUGUAUGAUGGAAAAUUGGCUCAUUUUAUUACUGAAAAGAGAAGCAAAGAAAAAGAAAACAUAUCUUUUGCUUGCCCUGCUGCAUCAGGUGAAGCUUUUGCUGCAUGUGAGGAGCAGCAGUAUAAUGAAGAGGAAAUCCAAGCGGUGGUCUCUUGUCCUAAUAAGCUUUUUGUUGGUAUGAAAAGUGAGCCAGUUUCUGAUGCUAGUGUACCAAAUCUGGGCUUGAUUAGUAAUGCUCCCGUCUCAGGAGACAGCGGUCUAAUGCCCUCUUCUCUAAGUCAAGUAGACACCUCGGUUUUUCAAGAAUUGCCUGAGGACUUGAAGACAGAUAUUCUUGAACUCCUUCCUGCACACAGGAACACUGAAUCAUCACUAGAUGCUUCCUUGGUAUGUGCUAAUAAUCAGAGCAGUACAGGUCCUUCUAUUUCAAGCAUUGACUUGUGGGUUGGAGAUCCACCAGAAUGGAUUGACAUAUUCAAAGCCAGCAACUGUCAGAUUUUGUGGAUUUUGGCAGAGAUGUAUCAAAGAGCAGGGGCAAAAAAACAGUUAUCUUCUGUAUUGCAGAGGACUAUGUCUCAGAUUUAUAUUCUCCCGGAUGUGGGCACUGAUGGAUGGGCUGAGGCUGUUAGUUGCUUAUGCGAGCUUAUCAAGCAGUAUUUAAAAUUAAAAAUUUCAACAGAUAUUGAAGAGGUUUACAUUUGUUCUUGCCUUUUAAGAAGGUUGACUGCAAGGUCAAAGAUUUUCGUAGAAGUGUACAACAACAUGCUUCCUCAUUUUCAGGCAUCGGUUAGUGAGAGCUAUGGUGGCAGCUUUUGUAUAGCCUCUGUGAUGGAGUGAUGCGUGGCAUGCCUUCUUUGCCAAGUAAAAGUCUCAGGUGCUCUACAUCUACAAGUCCGCAUUCUGUGAGAACUAUGGGGGCAGCUUUUGUAUAGCCUCUGUGAUGGAGUGAUGCGUGGCAUGCCUUCUUUGCCAAGUAAAAGUCUCAGGUGCUCUACAUCUACAAGUCCGCAUUCUGUGAGAACUAUGGGGGCAGCUUUUGUAUAGCCUCUGUGAUGGAGUGAUGCGUGGCAUGCCUUCUUUGCCAAGUAAAAGUCUCAGGUGCUCUACAUCUACAAGUCCGCAUUCUGUUUUCUCACGUGCUCCGCUUGUAAAUUGGAUAUAGUUGCAAAGGACCUCUGGUAUAAGAAGUCACACCUGGUCUAACAGAGGAUCAUGCGAUUAUUUAUUGGUUUCACAUGAAGUUAGAAGAGCCCCGUUAUCUUUGAUGUCCUGUCUUCCAAGAUAGUGACUUCGGUCAUGCAGAGAGUUGAAAUCCUAAUCAUACAGAGUGGGGGUAUAUUGGGUCUGAAAGACUCCCCAGGUUAAGCUGACAGAGCUGGAGAUCAUGGUAGGUACCUGUGUUUUGACUAUGUUGCUUCCAAUUCUUAUAGGUGGUUGCUUUCAGUGUUGGAUGCACAUACGUGCACCUGACGGAUGGUGAAGGAUCUGAGAUUUUGUUUUUAGGGGAGUUUAAACCCUCUAUUCACACACUGUAACUGCUACUGAAGACCGUAAGCAAUAAAGUGGGUUGAUGAGGUGAAAAACUGUUCUCUUUAAAUUUUAGCAUUGUGAACUAAUAUCUGGAAGAAUGAUGCGUUCUUGCUAAACAAUAAAAAAUCAAGUUCAUCAUCAA